AUGUAUCUUGCCGAGUAUCUUUUUCGGCGUAUAUACGAGCUCAACAUUAGGGCCGUCUUUGGUGUACCGGGUGACUUCAACCUGACUGCUCUGGAUUUUGUCGAAAAGUCUGGUCUCAAGUGGGUUGGAAAUGCCAACGAGUUAAAUGCCGGUUAUGCCGCUGAUGGCUAUGCCCGUGUCAAGGGUAUAUCUGCGAUUGUAACCACAUUUGGCGUUGGCGAGCUGUCCGCUUUGAAUGCUCUUGCAGGCGCCAGUGCUGAGCUUGUUCCUGUUAUCCACAUCGUCGGAUUCCCACCCACCGCUGCGAAAGAGAAUCGAUUGCCGUUACACCACACACUGGGGGAUGGAGACUACGAUUUAUUCAUAGAAAUGAGUGCUCGCAUCUCUAGCGCUGUUGCUGUGCUAGACUCUGCAAAAGAUGCAACGAAGAUGAUCGACGACACCAUAAUAGCUUGUGUCCGCUCCAGCAAGCCCGUCUAUAUUGGGCUUCCGAUGGAUUUUGUCAUGGUCGAUGUGGAUGCGUCUUCUCUCGCAACGCCUCUUCCCCUCGAAGACCCUGGAGUAAAUCCUAUUUCUGAAGAGGAUAAUGCCGUCAGUGCUGUCAUGGAGCGUAUUGCAAUGGCUCAAAAUCCCGCUAUUUUGGUUGAUAGCCUUGCUGGACGUUGGCAUGGGUUGCAGCCUACCAGAGCGUUUGUGGAGAGGUCUAAUCUCCCUUGCUAUUCAUUUCCGAUGGCUAAAGGAGUCAUUGAUGAGAGCCUCCCCAACUUUCGUGGAAUUUACUCUGGAUCUGUUUCUGAGCCUGGGGUUCAGGAGCAAGUUCAGCUAUGUGAUCUUAUUAUCCACAUUGGACCUCGCCCUACAGAUCUCAACACGGCCGGGUUCAAAAGCGACUUGCCGCAUAUCGAGACAAUCAGUUUUCAUCGAGAUUCAAUUCAUAUGAAAGAAGCUGAUUUCUCAAGCAUUCAUAUGAAUGGAGUUCUGAGGAGGCUCUCCGAAUCAUUCUGCUCUACCAGAUCAAAUUCUGUGUCAUCCACAUCUGGUUCUUCUUCUAGAAAAAGUGAAGAAAGUGCAGAAACAGAUCCGGAUAUUGACAUGGGAGAUUCAAUGGAUGCAAUCCUUGGGCGAAAGAUCAAAUCCAGUCCGACGGUGACCCAAGAUUGGAUGUGGAAGCGAGUCAGUUCUUGGCUGGAAGAAGACGACAUACUCUCCAUGGACGUCGGAACUUCCGCAUUUGGUGCAUUGUGGACAAGACAUCCCCGUGGAACAGAAUCGUUAUUCCAACUCCUAUGGUCUUCCAUCGGGUUUGCUUUAGGGGCCGCUGUAGGUGCGGCAUUUGCUGCAAGAGAACAGGGGGCCGAAUGCAUUCCCCCCCGAAAACGACGUACGAUCCUCUUUACUGGCGACGGAAGCUUCCAGAUGACUGCCCAGGAAGUGAGUACCAUGGUUCGCCACAAUCUUGGGGUGAUCAUCUUCGUUAUCUGUAACGAGGGUUACACAAUCGAACGCAUGAUUCAUGGCUGGGACAAGGACUAUAACGAUAUCCAGCCUUGGGAUUUCAAGCUCUUACCGUUUGUGUUCAAGCCAGAAUCCGAUGCCGUGCGAACGUACAGUGUUCAUACUGAGGCGGAUCUUGAUGAUGUGCUCACAGACGCUCAGUUUGGCCCCGCUGACAAUUUCGAGGGUUCAAAUGCCCCGCCAUUGCGUUUGGUGGAGGUUCACAUGGCCAAAGAAGAUGCUCCGCAGUCUUUGCAUCAUAUGAUUGAUGCAAUAUGUCGACAGAAGAAGUAA